AACCAAUGUCUUUUAUCGAUCUCCAGCCAGCUCAACACAAGUACAUUUAUGGUCCGCUCGCAACGAGAAGAGAAGCCUUCUAUGUCAACACGAUGACCAUAAUUUGAAUCACAUUUUCCACCAGCAUCAGGCACUGCAUGCAACAAAGCGCAACUGUGGCGCUUCCUGUAGUGCUAAGUGCUUUCCCUUCUCUCCAUAGGCGGCUUCCUAGUCAUUUUCCACCACUUGCAAGUCGGUGGUUUGUCGAGAGCACUUGCACUUGGUCACGGUCAUGUCUCAUGAGUCAUCAUGCCAUGGUGCUCGAUUGAGUCUGGUGUUGGAAACGACAGGUUUGAUCUAGGGCUGGCAACACUCUUGAAAUCACUUAUUGUCGUGUGUUUUUUUUACACAGGCACCUUCGAGAACCCCCGCGUGUGUUGCCCAUGCACUUGCGUGCAUGUUGUGGUGGCUUCGCAUGUUUGGAGUGCACUGGUUGCGGCCUCUGCGCAGUGGGGAUCGACGAAGCUCGGGGCCCCUCCUAGUUGAAUGCCACCUUCAUCUGUGUCCUAGUCUCAAGUGAUCUGAGCACUGGAUACUGUGGUUGUGGUUUUGUGAGCUGAGUACCUAUCUUAAAAUGGACAAGUUAUUAUACCGCGUGUACUUCCAUACAUCUUGUAUCCACGUGUAAGCUUUGAUUUCA